AUGGCGUCCACUUCGGCUCUGCCCAAGCAGAACCCUGCGCUUAGGCGCACCGUCACAUCAACCACUGUGACGGAUUCUGAGUCUGCCGCCGUCUCUCCCUCAGACUCUCCCCGCCACUCGGCCUCUUCCACAUCGCUCUCGUCCAUGUCCGAGGUCGAUAUCGCCAAGCCCAAGUCCGAGUAUGGUGUUAUGCUCGACACCUACGGCAACCAGUUCGAGGUCCCCGACUUUACCAUCAAGGACAUCUACAAUGCCAUCCCCAAGCACUGCUUCAAGCGCUCCGCCCUCAAGGGAUACGGAUAUAUCCUCCGCGACAUUGUCCUCCUGACCACCACUUUCAGCAUCUGGUACAACUUCGUGACCCCCGAAUACAUCCCCUCCACCCCCGCCCGCGCUGGUCUGUGGGCCGUAUACACCGUUCUUCAGGGUCUCUUCGGUACCGGUCUCUGGGUCAUUGCCCAUGAGUGUGGUCACGGUGCUUUCUCCGAUUCUCGUCUCAUCAACGACAUUACUGGCUGGGUUCUUCACUCUUCCCUCCUUGUCCCCUACUUCAGCUGGCAAAUCUCCCACCGAAAGCACCACAAGGCCACCGGCAACAUGGAGCGUGACAUGGUCUUCGUUCCCCGAACCCGCGAGCAGCAGGCUACUCGUCUCGGAAAGAUGGCUCAUGAGCUCGCCCAUCUUACUGAGGAGACCCCCGCUUUCACUCUUCUUAUGCUCGUCCUCCAGCAGCUUGUCGGCUGGCCCAACUACCUCAUCACCAACGUCACCGGACACAACUACCACGAGCGCCAGCGCGAGGGUCGCGGCAAGGGCAAGCAUAACGGCCUCGGCGGUGGUGUCAACCACUUCGACCCCCGCAGCCCUCUGUACGAGAACAGCGACGCUAAGCUCAUCGUCCUGAGCGAUAUUGGUAUCGGUCUGAUGGCCACUGCUCUGUACUUCCUCGUCCAGAAGUUCGGUUUCUACAACAUGGCCAUCUGGUACUUCGUUCCCUACCUCUGGGUUAACCACUGGCUCGUUGCUAUCACCUUCCUCCAGCACACCGACCCUACCCUUCCCCACUACACCAACGACGAGUGGAACUUCGUCCGUGGUGCUGCUGCUACCAUUGAUCGUGAGAUGGGCUUCAUCGGCCGCCACCUUCUCCACGGCAUCAUCGAGACUCACGUCCUCCACCACUAUGUCAGCAGCAUCCCCUUCUACAACGCGGACGAGGCCACCGAGGCCAUCAAGCCCAUCAUGGGCAAGCACUACCGCGCCGAUGUCCAGGAUGGUCCUCGUGGCUUCAUCCGUGCCAUGUACCGAAGCGCCCGUAUGUGCCAGUGGGUUGAGCCCAGUGCUGGUGCCGAGGGUGCUGGUAAGGGUGUUCUGUUCUUCCGCAACCGCAACAACGUGGGCACUCCCCCCGCUGUCAUCAAGCCCGUUGCUUAA